AUGACAUAUAUUAAUCAAGAGGAAGUUGAAUGCUUAAAUGAACUUAUUCAACUAUUAGAGGAAUUUGUUAAGGAAGUAGAUAGUAAUAAUCUAUCUGAUUCUGAUGAAAGCUUACAAAAUGAUA